CCUGCUUGCGAUUUGCGAAGCUGCGAGAGUGGCGGUGCUAGUAGUCUAGUAGAGUACUCCCAGUAGAUAAGCAAGCUGCGGGCGCCGCCCAGAUGGGAAUCGGGUUCCGACUUCCGACACGCACACGCCCCCACAUCGCGCCGCGAUGGCUGCUUCGCCCUCGCCGUCGACCGCGACCGCGACCGCUUCUCCCUCAGCGUCAGCGGCGGCGGUCUUGGCUGUAAACGGGGAGCGGGUUGAGCUCCGCGAGGGGGACGUGAACCCCGGCACCACGCUCCUCGAGUUCCUCCGCACCCGCACCCGCUUCACCGGGCCCAAGCUCGGCUGCGGCGAAGGCGGAUGCGGCGCGUGCGUGGUGCUCCUCUCCGCCUACGACGCGGCUUCGGGCGCGGUGUCGCACGCGGCGGCGAGCUCCUGCCUCACGCUGGUGCACGGCCUUCAUCACCGCGCCGUGACCACCACCGAGGGGCUCGGGGGCGGCGGCCGCCUCCACGCCGUGCACGAGCGGCUCGCGGGGUUCCACGCCUCGCAGUGCGGCUUCUGCACGCCCGGGGUGUGCAUGUCCCUCGCCGCCGCGCUCGCGGGGGCCGAGGCCGAGGCCAAGGCCAAGGCGGGGAGGAGGCCCGCCCCACCCGAGGGGUUCGCGAGGCUCACGGCGGCUGAGGCGGAGUGGGCCGUGGCGGGAAAUCUCUGCCGUUGCACGGGGUACCGCCCGAUCGCCGACGCCUGCAAGAGCUUCGCGGCUGACGUGGAUUUGGAGGACCUGGGCCUCAACUCCUUCUGGAGGAAGGGGGACGCCCAUGCUUCCAAGCUGCCGCGGUACGACGAGGGGAGCAUCGGUGUGUUCCCGGAGUUCCUCAAGGCUGAGAUCAGAGCUUCUUCUGGGGUUGACCAGUACACACCGCCGGCAUUGCUGGGAAGUGCCACCACUUGGCACCGGCCUCGGAGCGUGGAGGAGUACUAUAAGCUGGUAGAUUCUGAGUUGUUUGACCAAAGUAAAACAAAGGUGGUUGUGGGGAACACAGCUUCAGGCGUUUACAGAGAAACAGAGGUGUAUGAUAGGUACAUCGACCUCAGAUGCAUCCCGGAGCUGAAUUCGGUUAGUAAGGAAGCCAAUGGUGUUCAAAUUGGAGCUGCAGUAACGAUUUCUCAGGCAAUUGAGAUUUUAAGAGUAGAAGCUGGUGGCUGCAAUGAUGUAAUCUUCUGUAAGAUUGCUGAUCAUAUGGAAAAGGUGGCGUCUCCAUUUGUCCGGAACACUGCAAGUUUGGGUGGAAAUUUGGUGAUGGCACAGAGGGACCAGUUUGCCUCUGACAUCGCAACGAUCCUUCUUGCUGCUGGGUCAUCGAUAUGCAUCCAGGCAUCAUCAAAAAGGUUGACUGUCAUGAUGGAGGACUUCCUUCAGAUGCCACCUUGCGAUCACAAGACACUGCUAUUAAGCAUUUGCAUUCCUCGUUGGACUCCUAUUGGUGGCCUAUUUUCUGGUGAUAAAACCAUGGCUGGGACAGAAAGUAAGACAGGAACUUCUGUGCUGUUUGAGACGUACCGAGCUGCUCCACGCCCUCUUGGCAAUGCAGUUGCAUAUCUUAAUUCUGCUUUCUUGGCUCAGGUCUCUUCAGAUGGAACUUCAAGCAGAUUAAUAUUGAGAGAGAUAUGUCUGGCUUUUGGUGCAUAUGGGAGCCAACAUGCCAUCAGGGCUAGGAAUGUUGAGAAACUGUUAGUGGGUAAACCUAUUACUACAUCGGUGCUACUUGAAGCAUGUAGACGUCUCAAGGAAACAAUUGUUCCUAAAGAAGGCACAAGGCAUGCUGCUUAUAGGUCAAGCUUGGCAGUUGCCUUUCUGUUUACUUUUCUUUACCCAGUAACUGAAGGAACUUUGAAGACUGUAAAGGAAGUUCAUCUUAAUGGCUAUGCAACUUUUGGCACCAAUGGAAAUCCAAAUUGUGGACCCGAUGCACAUGUUGAUGUUUCACUUAAAAAGGUCAUUGAUGUGAACUCCGGUUCAUGUACCAAUGAACGCAUUCUUGAAUAUUCAAAUCAGAUUAUUGAAAUCAAUAAAGACUAUUUCCCCGUUGGCAUACCAACCAAGAAGGUUGGAGCAGAACUCCAAGCCUCUGGUGAGGCUGUAUUUGUGGAUGACAUCCCCGCUCCCAAGGAUUGUGUUUAUGGAGCAUUUAUAUAUAGCACAAAACCUUUAGCCCAUGUGAAGAGCAUAGAACUCGACCUUUCACUCAAGCAGCUUAAAACGCUGGGAGUAGUUACUGUUAAGGAUAUUCCAGAAUGUGGCAGCAAUGUUGGGGCCAACACUAUAUUUGGACCUGAACCUCUGUUUGGUGAUCCAGUUACUCAGUGUGCAGGGGAACCUCUUGGUGUUGUGAUUGCAGAAACACAAAGAUUUGCCAAUAUAGCUGCAAAAAAAGCUGUUGUUAACUACAGUACUGAGAACUUAGAUGCUCCAAUUUUAUCCAUAGAGGAGGCUGUUAAAAGGUGCAGUUAUUUCGAAACCCCGCCGUUUCUUCUUCCCCUGAAAAUUGGUGAUUUCUCAAAAGGAAUGGCAGAAGCAGAUCAGAAAAUCUAUUCUGAGGUUAAACUCAAUUCUCAGUACUACUUUUACAUGGAAACACAAGCUGCUCUGGCAAUACCCGAUGAGGAUAACUGCAUGGUAGUGUAUAGCUCAAGCCAAUGCCCUGAGACAGCACAGAAUGUCAUUGCAAAGUGCCUUGGUUUACCUUGUCACAACGUUCGUGUUAUUACCAGAAGAGUUGGUGGUGGAUUUGGAGGAAAGGCUGUUAGAUCAUUACCUGUGGCAACUGCUUGUGCACUUGCAGCAUUUAAGUUGCACCGUCCUGUCCGUAUGUAUCUUGACCGCAAGACUGACAUGAUAGUGACUGGAGGUCGGCAUCCCAUGAAAAUAUGCUAUUCAGUGGGAUUCAAACCAGAUGGGAAAAUCACUGCUUUGCAUAUAGGUUUGUUCAUAAAUGCAGGAAUGACAAAAGAUAUUAGCCUCAUAAUCCCUCAUAAUUUCAUUGAGGCACUGAAGAAAUAUAAUUGGGGUGCCUUUUCUUAUGAAGCAAAGGUCUGCAGAACAAACCUUGCUACAAAGUCUGCGAUGCGGGGGCCUGGAGAAGUACAAGGUUCUUAUGUUGCCGAAGCUAUAAUUGAGCAUGUUGCUUCCACGCUCUCCGCUGAUGCUAAUUUGGUUAGACGUAAAAAUCUUCACACGGUUGAGAGCCUUGCUUUGUUUCACAGUGAGUGCACUGAAGAUGCCAUGGGUUAUACACUUCACUCUAUAUGUGAUCAAGUGACUGCAUCAGAAAACUAUCAGCAUCGGCUUGAAAUAAUCCAGUCUUUCAACAAAAACAACAAAUGGAAAAAGAGGGGCCUCUCUUUUGUGCCAAUAGUACACAAAGUAUUAUCUCGACCGACACCUGGAAAAGUGUCUAUUCUUAAUGAUGGAUCUGUUGCUGUUGAAGUUGGAGGCAUUGAGUUAGGCCAGGGGCUUUGGACAAAAGUGAAGCAGAUGACAGCUUUUGGUCUUGGACAACUCUGUCCUAAUCGAAGUCAAGAGCUGUUGGAGAGAAUAAGAGUUAUUCAAGCGGAUACAUUAAGUAACGUACAGGGAGGGUGGACCACUGGGAGUACCACAUCAGAAUCUAGUUGUGAAGCAGUUCGUCUCGCAUGCAAUGUCUUGGUCAACAGGCUGAAGCCAGUCAAGGAGCAAUCUCAAGAAAAGCAAGACAAUGUUUCAUGGGAUGAACUUAUUUCCAAGGCCAUAAUGAUUGGUGUAGACUUGUCAGCACGAGAAUACUACAUUCCUGGUCCUUCUGGCUCUUACCUAAACUAUGGGGCUGCUGCUAGUGAGGUAGAGAUUGAUCUUCUCACUGGAGCCUCCACAAUUGUUCGAAGUGAUCUUAUAUAUGACUGUGGCCAGAGCUUAAACCCUGCUGUGGACUUGGGACAGGUUGAAGGGGCGUUUGUUCAAGGAAUCGGCUAUUUCAUGAGUGAGGAAUAUGUCACCAACUCAGAUGGAUUGCUUAUCUCUGACGGGACUUGGACAUACAAGAUCCCAACUGUGGACACCAUCCCAAAGCAGUUCAAUGUGAAGUUACUUAACAGUGGAUUCCACAAGAAACGCGUGCUCUCUUCAAAAGCAUCUGGGGAGCCACCGUUGCUUCUUGCAGCUUCAGUGCACUGCGCAACAAGAGAGGCAAUUAGAGCUGCAAGGAACGAACAGCACUGCUCUGGAUCCAAACCUUCACCAUCCCAUUUUGAUCUGGAAGUUCCUGCCAUCAUGCCCGUGGUGAAGGAGCUGUGCGGCCUGGACAACGUAGAGAGGUACUUGGAGAGCCUGCUGAGCUCCGAAUGAAAAGCCUACUCUCACCGUCAGCACUUGUUACCCUUACUCCCUUAGGCCUUGUUCGUUUCUGUCGGAUCGCACCCGGAAUCGUUCCAGCUAAUCAAAGUUUAUAUAAAUUAGAGAAACAAUCCGGUUAGGAAUCGUUCCGACCCACCAAUCCGGCACAAACGAACAAGGCCUUAGGGCCUGUUCGUUUUUCACGGACCUGGAACGGUUCCUGGCCGGAUUGUUUCUCUAAUUUAUGUAAGUUUUGAUAAGUUGGAAUGAAUUCUGGUCUAAUCCUGGACAAACGAACGGGCCCUUAGCCGUACAAUACCAGACGUAGAUAGCAUAACGAUAGCACAAUGCGCGAUUGUGCCGAAGUCAUCAGAGAAGAGAGAAUCAUAGCUGUUAGAUGAUAUCACCAAGUCUUUUGCACCUACGUCUUGUCAGCGAGAACAUUUUGGGUUUCGAACAAGACAGACUUCCUCUGUGUGUAAAAACUUUGGGCAUACCCCCCUCUUCUCAUCUCCAUUGGUGAGAUUGGUGUGUACAUGCUAUUGUAGUUCAGAGUUCAGACAGAGUGACACGGAUAUCAGAGCAGAUCAUAAGAACGUACUUGCAGCGAUGGAACUGAGAUUAUUUUCUAUAUUCUUUGGCCA